GGUAACGUUUUGGUCCUUUAACUUUUUUUUUCCCAUUUCAGUAUUUUAUCUUUCAAAAUAAUUUCAAUUAUACCCUUUAAGUGAGAUUCCGUUAGGGCAACGUUAACAAACUCCCUCAUCCGUUUUCUUUCCAGUCAACGUUCACAAAUCUCUUGUUUGGUAUACUCAUCUCCAUUGAUUUCCCUCCUCCCAUUUUCGUCUUUUCAUUUCCUUGUUUUCAUUUUCGUCUUUUCUUCUCUGUGCGUUUCCCUCUUCUCAUCUCUGUGCGUGUUCUUCUCUUGUCCCAGUCGUUUUUCUCUUAUCAUUUGCUUCUUCCAUCCAUGAAAAAUCAUAUUCACGGUUCUCAAAACUCAAAAUCCAUGGUUGCCUCAUGUUCAAAUGGGUCAAAUACACAAUCCUACAACUAUGGUUCUUUCGUUUCCAAUGGAAUUAGUGAGCUGGCAAAUUGUGCUUGUGGUUUGAAACCUGUGAGGCGCACAGUGACAAAAUGGGGUCCGAACAGAGGAAGAAAGUUUUGGGGUUGUAGGAAUUUUGUGAGUCAUGAUAUUGAAUGUAGAUGCAAUUACUUUGUUUGGGAUUCAGACUAUAUGCCUCAAACACAACAGAGAACUCCACAACAACUACAUACACAAUGUUUAGAGUGCCCCCAAAAGGAGUUGGAGAUUAUGACUCUUAGGAAUGUCAUUUUGAAGAUGCAUGGAGAUCACAAGUCAACCAUUAUUAAGAUGAAGUUGCUGCUAUUUUUAUGCGUUUUGUUUGGUGUAGCAUGUGUUGUUUUAUUGUUGAUCUUAGCUCUAAAAUGAGCUUAUUGUAGUAGAUGUAAUUUUCUUGAGGUUGAUGUAGUAGAUUUGUUGUAAGUAUGUAGUUAUGAUAGAGUUUGUUGUAUGGAAUUUGGAACUAUUAAUGUAAUUUUCUUUUGCAUCAAUUGUGGCUCCAAUGUUCUUGGUUGUUA